CUCUCCCUAGCCCCAGAGGGCAUGCUGGGCAGAGGCAGCAGCCAGGAGCAGCAGGCGGCCUUCAGUUCCAGAUGAGAUGGAGCGGACACCCCCCGUGCGCCCCGAGUGCCUGAUCUCAGGGAUCCGAACCCCCCCGGCAAGGAGGAACAGCAAGCUGGCCACGCUGGGCAGGAUCUUCAAGCCCUGGAAAUGGAGGAAGAAGAAAACCGAGAAGCUGAGGCAGACCACAUCCGCCCUGGAGAAGAAGAUGGCUGGCAGGCAGGGUCGAGAGGAGCUCAUUAAGAAGGAGCUGCUGGAGAUGAUGGAGCAGGAUGCUGAAAGCAAAGCCAACCCUGCUGGUGGCCCCCACGGCGUGCAGAGCGACCCACCCUCGCCCCCACAGGAAACGCGGACAGCUGAAGACACCCAGCCCAGAAGCCCCUCAGCCACCGGAUCAGAGCCCCCACCCCUGGAUGAGCAGCUGUCUGCAGACACGCACCCUGAUGUUGCAGCCCGGUCACCGUUAGCAUCCAGCGACGACGACGAAACCGAUGACGGCAGCCUCUUGUCCACCUCAGACGAGCCCUCUCAAGCCUUAGCGGACUCCCUGGAGAGCCCUCACAGACCCCUGGAGAGAUCAGGGGGGCAGCUUCCCAGCCCCCCACUGGUGCCCACCCCACCACCCAAGGCCGGAUCCAAACUCGUGAAAAAUGUCACAGGCCCGGCCGCACUCUUUCAAGGCUCCAGUGGGAAGACCACGGACGCUGCUCUGCGUGGCCAGCCCUCGGGGUCCCCCCACCUCACCACCGUCCACCGACCGCUGCCCCCCAGCCGGGUCAUCGAGGAGCUGCACAGGGCACUGGCCACCAAGCACCGGCAGGACAGUUUCCAGGGAAGGGAGAACAGAGGGUCUCUGAAGAAGCGUGUGGACACCCCGCCGUCGCGGCCAGCCAGUGUGGACCGGGACCGGGACCGGGAGGAGGCCUGGGGCUUCGAGGGGUCGGCCGAGAGCAGGCGGACGGCCGCCCGGGAGUCAGAGGAGAACAAGGAGAACCUGCUGGUGGACGCCGAGCUGCCGGAUGGCCUGCUCUUGUACCAGGACGAGGAGGUGCUCAACGACUCCAUCAUCUCUGGGACCCUGCCCAGGAAAUGCAAGAAGGAGCUGCUGGCGGUGAAGCUGAGGAACCGGCCAAGCAAGCAGGAGCUGGAGGACCGCAACGUGCUGCCCCGGAGGACGGACGAGGAGCGCCAGGAGAUCCGGCAGCAGAUCGAGACGAAGCUCGCCAAACGGCUGAGCCAGCGGCCCGCGGUGGAGGAGCUGGAGCGCAGGAACAUCCUGAAACAGAGGAACGACCAGACGGAACAGGAGGAGCGGCGUGAGAUCAAGCAGAGGCUGACAAGGAAGCUUAAUCAGAGGCCCACCGUCGAUGAACUGCGGGACAGGAAGAUCCUCAUCCGAUUCAGCGAUUAUGUGGAAGUGGCAAAAGCGCAGGACUACGACCGGAGGGCUGACAAGCCGUGGACUCGGCUGUCGGCAGCGGAUAAGGCCGCGAUUCGUAAGGAGCUCAACGAGUACAAGAGUAAUGAGAUGGAGGUGCACGCGUCCAGCAAGCAUCUGACGAGGUCAGGCUGCUGUUUGUGACAGCUGUAAGAUUCCAUAGGCCAUAGAGAUUUUCUUCUGAGAAGAAUUUGUGUUUAACUUUUGAUACCAACACUGAACAUUCAUCAGGGAAUUUUCCUGAAGCUCAAGAUCACGUGGUGUGUUUGAGAGGCGGAUGCCCACACCCCCAGGUGACGUCUCUGCACAUUCACAGAGGAAACAGAGGACGCGUUUUACUAUUUGGUGCCAGGAGAGUAUGACCUGUGACCUAUUGGGGUCAGUUAAGACCCAAAUCAUUCAGCCAGAAGAAAACUGUCUUUUGCCUUUGAACCUUGUUUUCCACAGCGUGCAGCUGGACAGACGGACAGGAGACGUGCAUGCACAGGAUACCACCCCGGGCCUCUGACAUGUGACGGUGUCUUUCAGUAUUAUGUGGAAAAGGCAUUUUUAUUCUGAUCACGAUUCAUUUGGAAGUCUUUUGAGUUCAUGUUACACAAAACAGGUUGUUGUAUUAUACUUUCCCCUUUUUUAUAUAAUGCCUAACAAAAUAUGACAGCUGCAACCUUUUGAUUCCUGAUCAUUUUGUUCUUUAAUUAAAUGAUGACCUAUUUCAGGAAAUGGA